GAACACAUUCAAAUAUCAUCUAGUGUUUGAUAUGAAGACCAGGAACAUCUUAAAUCCAUAUGAUAAUGAUUCCUCUCACCCUGACGUGCACUAUGCUGGAGAUGUUACUUCAAAAUGCAGCAUUUAAUCCGACUCUGGGCAACCUAUCAACAAGAACUUUAUUGACAAUAAAUGCUUAUAAACCACCUGCUAUGUACAACAAGGAAUUUACAGAAUUUGCCGUAACCGUUCUGGAAGUCAGUGAGAGUAUUACAUGGACAAUUCCAUGUUGCAAAGUCAUCAAAUUGAACCUAACAAAAGAAAGGUUUACAACAGAUAACGAUAAAUGUGCAAACCGUGAAGAUGGAGUAAUACAAACGUCAGACCACAGAUUGUUAUUGUCAAAUGACAUGAAGAUAACCUGCUCUGAACACUGUCUGUUUCUUGUUGACAAUAAGGAAUGUGGUCUUUUUUGGAAGUGGGACUUCAGGGGUGAAGUUUCUGACCUGGCGUCGCUCUCUUAGCAAUGUAUCUUCAGAUUACAAUCACUCUCUAUUUAGCGACUUUUCUGAUUUGACGUUAUCAGAUGAUAACCAGGGCCUAACAAUACAUGCACUGAUGCACUGUUCUUUAAAGUCACGGUUUCUGGGUAUUCCUGGGUUAUAAGAAAAUUGAUACUGGCAACACAAUACCAGUACGUUUAAGACCAGACCCGAUGUUCAAGCCAUUUCUUUAGAUUUUGAUGUUUGGUUUUGCAGAACUAGGUUAUUUAGACCAAG